GACUCUCAUCGUUAAGCUUUUAAAGAUGUUUUGAGUUUUGUUCUUUGUUUAAUAUAUGUGAGUUGUUAUCCGGAAACUGAUUAGCACUUUGAGAUAUUUAAAAGAAGCAGUCUCAGCAUAAGACUCUCAUCGUUAAGCUUUUAAAGAUGUUUUGAGUUUUGUUCUUUGUUUAAUAUAUGCGAGUUGUUAUCCGUAAACUGAUCAAUUUUGAAACACAGUAUGCUAUAGGAGCUUUGGAUAGUCCACCAGGACCACCAUCGAAGAUUUACGGGGCGAAAGCUACGUUCAACGUCUGGCGUCCCAAAGUUGAACAGGCUACCGAGUUCAGCUUGGCUCAGAUAUGGAUCAUUUCCGGUUCCUAUGACAACAAUACGCUCAACUCAAUCGAGGCAGGCUGGCAGGUAUCAAAAACUUUCCUACUUAAUUCGUAACUAAUUUGUGUAGUUUACAAUUUUAUAUAUAGCAAAAUGACCAAGUGUAUAUUUUUGAUUAUUUUUAAGGUUUAUCCCUACAUAUAUAAGGACUCCCAGCCCAGACUGUUCUUAUUUUGGACGGUACGUUUGUCAAUUCAAUUUAUUUUUAUUUAAUUAGGUUGUUCGAGUAUCUAAUUGAGUUCGUGUUGGUAGUUUGAAAAAAAAUCGGUUUAGAUGUCUAAUACAUAUAAUUUUCAUAAUCGGAUUUGGUUUGGAUCAGUAUUCAGUAUACUUUGGUUUUUGUUAUUUUAGGUAUAACGAAGAACCAAAUUAUGUAAUGAGCUUUUAAAAAGCUAGGUUGACAAUAUAAACGAAAAAUAUAGCUCAGAAUCAAUAUCCAAAGUAUCUGAAAUGGUAACAUUAUAGAAAGAAAACAUUAUCAAAGACGCAUAGAUUCUGAGGAAUAUACGUGUUUGGAGUUAAUAUAAAUAAUUUGAUUAAAAUCCAUCUUGAAUAGACGUUAUUGCGAUGACAUGUAAUCCUUGUUCUUAUAUUCAUAUAAUUUGUCGAGUAACAUUCAAGCCUAGUUACUCUCACUCUAUGGAGUAAUUUAUGGAAGCGCUUGUAGCAGUUGUCAGCUCUUGUUUUGUUUAGUUGCCAUUCAAGUUUAUCAAAUAUUUUUUGUCCGACAUGGGUGUCUCUCCUGCUUAACAUUAUUAUUCUGUAUAGAUAGAUAGCAUUGUCAAACUGACCUUUGGCUGCUCUACGGAGACGUGUUAUGCCUAUGUGUUUCUAUGAAAAUACUCUUAGAAUUUUUCGGAUGUAAUGAGAAGUUGUCGCUAGCAAGAUAUCUGUGUCAUAAAUCGUUGUACAUGUGCAAGAUGGACUGUGAGUGGGUGUAGGUUAAUUGUUCUUGUAGACUAUCGGCUAUGGCAUUUGCUAGAACGGUGCUUAAUUUCAUGAGGCUAUUGACACUGGUUUUAGAAAGAAAGCACAACCCGUGCAAUGAUGAUUACAUGAAUUUUAUUGGGGAUGUGUUCCAGCGUUGAGAGGAAGUGUCGUUUGUUUAUAUAUGGGUUUCCAGAUGCUAGGACAUGUCAUGAUCUAGAGAGUAACUGUGAUUUAUUGUAAAGAUUUCUUUCAUACUGCAUUAAGGAUGUGAAAUUGAUUUGUAGGUUUAAACUGCAAUUGAUGGCUUACAUUUUGACUACGUGAUAAUGAAUUUCUUCCAUAAUGUCUAAACUCUGAUUAUGUGGAUUUUUGUUUUUGUUUUCAGACGGAUGCUUAUACGUCGACGAUGUGUUAUAAUCUGCGCUGUCCGGGUUUCGUACAAACAAGCCGGACCGUUCUUAUUGAAGGCGCUAUCUCACCGGCAUCGACAAUAGGAGGCCUUCAAACCGAACUCACCAUACAAGUGUGGAAGGAUCCAGCGCGGGGACCAUGGUGGCUGGGAGUUGGUUUCAGCAAUGGGACCAAGCUCUCGGCGAUCAGAUAUUGGCCGGUCGAGAUCUUCAGCCGUCUCACUGAUCACGCAGAGAACGUUCAGUGGGGGGGAGAGAUCGUCGACAUCAGGGCAUCGGGGCGACAUACGACUACUGAGAUGGGUUCUGGUUACCGUCCCGGCAGCGAUAGAGCCGCGUACGUGAGGGAUCUACAGGUUGCGCUCAGCCCAGGGGAGUUCGUUCCUGUUUCCCGGCUGAUAGUAGGAGCUACCAACUACAGCGUGGAGAAAUACAGCAACAGCAGCUUCUCGUACGGGGGACCUCAUGGCACAGCCGUUCAUCUGAGGUUUGACUUGGUUACUCUUUGUUUAUGUUUUGUAUUUUUGUUGCUUGUUUAGAGCAUGAUUAUUGGGAAGUUCUUAGGGUGAGGUUCUUAGCGGAAUAUCUUUAAUAAUCAUGCUCUUAGUGUUAUUUGUGUGUGUGUUUUUAUGUUGUGUAACUCGAGGGUCAAACUAGUCUGUCCUGUAGUUCACGUUGUUUCAAUAUGUACUGACUUGAACAAAAUCGUUUGAUUUUCUCAUUCCUUGGACAGUUUCACU